UUGCUGGUCGCCCGCAGCACCCGGCUGUUUCCGCGGCUGGGCGCUUUUUUAGGUCCUGGGAGCAGCGGCCAUCGUAGUUCCAAAUGCACGAUUCCAGCUGCUAACGCGGUAGAAUGUCGGCUGGCUAUCAAAUGGGGCAAACCCCCCCGUAUGGUCUCGGGCACAGUCCGGUGUCGGCUCCUUGCUCGCCGGCGAUUCAGCGAGUGCUUGUAGUUGGAGCGGGAGUGGCCGGAUUACAAACAGCGCGGCAGCUUUUAAAAAUCGGCCUGGAGGUUAUGGUUCUGGAAGCACACAACGAUAUCGCCGGCGUGUGGUCGCAGAACCACUACGGGUGCAAGUUACAAACACCCUGGCGGCAAUACCAGUUUCCUGAGUUCCUGUGGCCCCUGGAGCUGCAGCCGGAGGACGAGUACCCCUCAGCAGAACAGGUCCGGGACUACGUGCGGGCGUACGCGUGGCACUUUGACCUGCUGCCGCACAUCCGGCUGAACUGCAAGCUGCUGAGGCUGCGGUGGACCGGCAGCAACCACAGCUGGGAAUGCCUGUACGCGGACACCGCAGUGGAGAAGUUCUUUAAGACGCGUGUGGACUACGUGGUGGUUUGCACCGGCAUCUUCUCCAACCCCUUCAUCCCCUCCUACCCGGGCGCCAGCGAUUUCGUGGGGCAGCAGAUCCACGCCAAGCACUUUCGCGACGUGUCAGUAGCCAGCGGCCGCCGUGUGCUCAUCGUGGGCGCGGGCAAGACAGGCACGGACUGCGCCUGCAACCUGCUGGCCAGCCGCGCUGCUGCCUCAGUCACCAUGCUGUACCGCCAGGCGCACUGGCCCAUCCCAAAGCGCGUGCUGGGCCUGUCAACGCGCACCCUGUUCUUCAGCCGCAUGGGCGCCGCCACCGUGCCGCCCUACUACACCGCGGGCCGCCUGCGGACGGCAGUGGCCGCCGCCACCAAGCCGCUGCGCGCGCUGUUCUGGAAAGGCAUGGAGGUCGCCAUCUCCUCCCGGUUCCACGCCGCGCGCGCCACGCCGCCCUCCGUGUCGCUGCCUGGCGACCUGUUCUACGGCGGUCAGGUGCUGGACGACUCCCUGGAGCGGCUGGCCAAGGCGGGGUCGCUGGAGGCCAUACGCGGCGAGGUGAACCGAUUCGUGCGCAACGGCGUCAUCCUGCAGGAUGGCUCCUUCCACGCGGCUGACUUGGUGCUGUACUGCACCGGGUAUGCUAAGACGUACGACUACUUUGACGGCCCCAUGCGGGCGCGGCUCGGGCUGCAGAAGGACGGACUGUACCUCUACCGCAACUGCAUACCUCCGGGCGUGCCGCAGCUCGCCUUUGUGGGCAGCGAGGUGUCCACCUACAGCAACAUCGUGACGCAGGGCCUGCAGGCGCUGUGGCUGGCGCACGUGCUGGCGGGCCGCGUGGAGCCGCCGCCGGCCGCCGCCAUGGAGCAGGACGUGCGGGAGCAGCAGGUCUGGAAGCGGGAGGUGAUGCCAGUGCAGCGGAACCGCGGCUCCGUGCUCAUGACCUACCAGACCCACUACCACGACCAGCUGCUCCAAGACAUGCAGUUGCACUCGCGGCGCAAGGGCGCCAACUUCCUGUCCGAGUGCUUUGGCGCCUACACCGCCGCCGACUACUCGCCGCUGCUCAGCAAGCGGGACGCCGAGCUGGUGACGGGGUUGGAGCAGGCGGCGGCUGCCUGCAAGGCGGCACAGGCCGCAGCGGUGGCCGGCGCGGCGGUGGCCAGGGCGCAGCAGCAGCGACAGCGACAGCAGCAGGGGCCGCGCACGGCAGCCAUGGCGGUGGGCAGAUCGUUGUACCCCGCUCAUCUGCGCGCGCCGGCAGUCGCGGCCUGUUCAGCGGCUGCAAGGGAGGGCACGCCGGCGCGGCGGCUGUCGGGCGACUUGUCUAACUGCGACGCGGAUGACGAGGAAAGCGUGCGGUCGGUGGUGGCCGCCGCGCUGGCGGCCACCGCGGCCGCAAUGGAAAGCGGCCGGCACGGCGGCUAUGGCCGCUCCUACCGCCGGGCGUCCGACACCAGUGGCGACGGCACCUGCGGCGGUGCGGGUGUCGGUAACUGGACCACCUACCCCACCGCAGGCAUGUCGUUCACGUCGGAGGCUGCUUUCCAGGUCGCCAAGGCCGGGAUCGUCAACAAACACACCGGGGUGGACUCAUCGGAUUCAGUCACGGCGGCCGCCGUAGAGGCGGUGGUGGCGGCGGCGCUGGCGGCAACGGCGGCGCCGUCGCUCGUGCCGACGACGCGGAGGAGCAGCGACGCGAUGGCGGCAGAGCAGGAAAUGCACACCGCGUGGCCCUACGCGAGUGGCGGGGACAAAUGGCAGGAAGCCAGCAGCCGGUGCGAGGAGGGUGCCAGUGGGCGCGGCGGCUACGUGCCUGUCGGGCGGACCGUGACGCCGCACGGCCCCUCCGUGCUUGACGGCGCGGCUGUGUCAGCGGCACAGCAGCACCCGCCGCAACACAGCGGCGCCUCUGCGAUGACCGAGGCCGCUGCUGACUGCGGCAGCCUAAGUGACGGCGCCAGUUCGGCGCCCGCCACCAAGAGCCAGUCCAUGUCCCUGCUGCGCAAGCUCUUGCGCUUGCGGAGCAGCCUAUCGCGGUCAGAGUCCGCAACCAGUGUCGCCGGCUCCAACACGCCUACGACCCAGCAGCCGGGACAGACCACCCAGCAGGAGCAUUCGCAGCAGGGGGCUUCAAAGCUGCGAAUCCGGAUCCCCAGCGGAUGCACUAGCGGUGACGUCCUGGAAGGACAUGGCCACGCAGGACAUCGCAGCUUGGAGAGCGCCUUGCGAUCAGGCCUGUCGAGCGAGGCGGCUGCCGCCGCUGCAGCGGCCGCCAUGGGAGCCAUCACUUUGGUGAUUGGCUCUUCUGCGUCCCAAAGUGCGCGGAUGUGGGAGGCUUCCUCGUCGCCACGUGCUGCGAGCGCGGCAGCCACGGCGACCGGCUUCCUGUCGGCCCCCAGCUCCAAACGUGGCAUGUCACGCAGUGUCGUGGAGACCAGGAGUAUGCGAGGCUCUGUCGCGGCCGUGGCGGCGGCUGCAGCGGCAGCGCUUGCCGCCGCAAACACUGUCGCCAACAUUCAGGCGGCUGGGUAUGAGCGUGGUGGUGGGGGUGGUGGCGGCGGCAGCGGUGGCGGCAGUGGUGUGGCCAGUGCGCGCAGCAGCACACAAGGCAUCGACACGCCCGGUGGCAGUGUCCACGGUGCCAACAGCUAUCGCAGCCACCGCCUCUGCGCCCAGUCGUCAGAACUGGUCGCGGCCGCCACUGCGACCGCGUUUCGCCGGCUGAGCCGCCGCGCCAGCGUCACUACCACCGCUGCUGAUGAAGGGUCUGGUGCAGCGACAGAAGAGCCGCAGUCCUCGCUGCGCUUCUUUGCGCAGUUACGACCUGCGGCAUCUGCGGCCGCUGCGUGCCAGCCGUCACAAGGUGACGAGCCUUUCGUCCAGUGCUCCAUCAACGACUGUGGAGUGCUCCACGGCACCGCCAGCGGAGCCGCUGCGUCAGCAUCGGUCCGCCGCGGCUCGCACGGGCUUGAGGACGUGCACCGCUGUAGCGAGCAGCUGGCGAGCGGCAGCUAUAGCCUGGGGCCGGGGCUGUCGGUCGAGCGGAACGCCUCCGCCGAUGAGUCGGCCUGGGAUGGAUUGAUGGCUGCGGAGACUGCCGGCACCCCCGCCGCUGAGCCCGUGCCCAUCCCGGGCUUGGGCCAUGCAGCAAGUGACACCACCUGCAACCACUUCGACUGCAGCUGGCGGCAGCACGGUGCCAGCUGCGGCGGCGCCAGCAGCAGCAGCAGCCUGCGCCGCGCCUUCACCGCCGACGUCGCGGCGAGUGCGGUGCCGCCUGGAGGCGCCGGCACGGGCCAGCAGCCCCACAGCAGCACAGCUGUCAGCCCGCCGCUGCCUAUCUUGGGAGGCGGCAGGGGAAGCAACCUGUCCGCCACUACCACGGGCUUCUGGCAAGGGUCACCCAGCACGCCGCCGCUCUCGCGGAGCCGCAGCCAUGUGCCACGCGCCGCUGCUGCUGGCUACAGCAGCGCCGGUGCUGCUGCUGGCCCAGGCCCUGCCGGCAUUGGCGCCUUUGCGGCACUUCCGGAUGGAGAGACCCCCUGCAGUGGGGCGUCCAUUGGCAGCGCCGGCCUCCUGUCCGCAUUCACCGGCGACUCGGGUACGCUGAGCUCGGCGGCGGGAUCCAUCACCCUGAAUGGCGGGAUGUGCCGGCUGCCACCAGGCGGGCCGCCUCGGCAGCAGCAGCAGCAGCAGCAGCACCAUCACGCCACGGUACCCUUGUCCCCGCCCCUGCCCACGCUGCACCAUGCCCACCAGCUCCACCACUGCAGCAAUGGCCCCCUGCACCACCACCACCAGCACUUGCAGCAGCAGCAACAACAAGUGAACAUGCAGUACCGCCAGCAGCAGCAGCAACAGCACCAACAGCAGCACAAGCACGCCACGGCAAGGCUGGCUGAGUCCCUGAUAGGUCUGGGCGGCGCCAGCGGCGCCGGUGCCGCCGGCAGCGGUGCCUCACCGCCGCCGUCCUUGCUGCUGAUGCUGGCGCACCGGCGACGCCACUCGGCUCUGGACCCGAUGCCGAUGUCGAUGGGGCUGGAGACCUUGUCGGAGGAGGACGUCAGCGUGACUACAACGGCCACGCCCAGUUUUUGUGGCGGCGUGGUGGUGGCGUCGGAGUCGCGGGCGCGCAGCACUGGCGGUGUCACCGGUUGCGAGGAUGAUGACAGCCCUCGGCCUCUCAGUCGCCAAGAGAGCAGCGGUUGCUCGCUUACGCGAGGCAGCAGUGACUGCCUGAAGGUCGGGGUGGCGGCAGUCCACGCAGCUCGCCUUGUGGAGAAGCAGGGGGCCCAGUCACAGCUCGCCGCCUCAUCUGCCUGGCUGCACACCGAGCUGAGCAGCACGUAACUCGCCCCUGGAUAGCACAUUAGACGACCCGCUGGAUGGCAAGGCCAACGCACGCGCAGGAGGCGCAGAGGAGAUGAGCACACAACACAAUCUUGCAGACACGGUAUCGACGGGAGUUUACCUCGAAAGGGGAUGCGAUCUUCGGCUGUCAUGCCGUGUCAGGUUACCCGAAGAUCCGGCGCAUGCCCGGCAUCGUACGCGCCGCCGUGGUAUGACACAUACCUUGCGGCGGCAUUUGCCCUAUUGGUUACUAUCGGCUGGGUUUCUUUUGUGAUGCAUUCUUUUCAAGAAGUGAGCAGCGCGGCUAGCCGCGCCUUAAGAUGCUGCCGUGCGCUGUUGCUGACAUGUGGACGGGCGGAGAGCGCAAUGCAAUGGCUGUGGGUGGUACUGUGGCUUUGUGGCCUGAAUUAAGGACUGCCACUUUCAGGGUUUGGGCACAACAUGCACUCACUUCGCAUAUUCCGCAUAAGCGCUGAGGCCUUUGCAGUGCACGCUCAGCACAACGGUUCGCUCGGGCGGUAGCGGCGGCUGCAGACAGGCGCUACGGAGGGCGUGAGAAAGAGGGCAUGACAACGCACCCUUGCACCUUAUUAUCAUGACAAUCAGCGCCAUGUAUGGUGCUCGAGAUCUUGCAUUGGUUACCGCACUGUUGGCGAUCAUGGGCAAGGGCUUGGCGUCCAAGCGAUCAAAAACCUGACAUGCGGGCGACUGGGUGAGUGAGUGAGUGAGAACGAGCGAUAACUUUAACGGCUAUCGGGGCAUUGUAAAGGUGGUUGGGGGCUUGUGUGUACAUAGGCUGGGCUUGAAGGGGUUACUGGUCAGGGAGUAGCAACACGACUUUCACGGUCAUCAGUGCCAAGUUGUCGUCUCAUCAGACGCACGAGGGGACAGUGCGUGCUUUUGCAGCCUGUGAUAUUUCUGAGUGCUGUUUGCGGGUCUGCAGGGGACACUGGGGCGUGAAUGUGGCAACACAUUGCGCAGGCGGAGGUUGGUGCUUCAAGUUAUUGGUGCUAAUGCGGUGAAGGGGGCUGGCAGCGAUGCCAUGGGAUGCGGACCCAGGACAAAGUCUUUUGGGGACUGCAAUAAAGGGCGAUGAUCAACAGGCGGUCGCACCUUGUUGUCCAUGGCGUGGAUCGUAGCAAUGGAGGCAAGUUUCAAGACCACUGAGGGUCACUUGUUUCCAGGGCCCGGAGGAGAACUUGCGCGACUAAGGCUAUCCAGGCCUGGGAUUUGUUAUGUUGACCAAGUGCUGCUUAAUUCAUCAAUGCCCGUGCACACAGUGCAGACGAUUGCACACAAUGCAGGUGUGGGCGGCGUGUGCCACACGUAACCAAUAAGGGCACCGGGGUGGUGCACCAGGAUACGGCACGCGCUGGAAGGCUGUCAUCUAUAAAGUGACGGUGUAGCGGCGGCUGCGAAUCCCGCACAAGGCGAAUACAGUCAUUGAUCAUGGUAUCAGGCCUGAAGAAUAGGCCUUCGUGAUGCGCCAACUUAUAUGGCAAGAUGGUGCGAUCUGGAAAUCUAGACGAUCCGCCUUUCGGAGCAGAGUCUGUUAUGCUGCUUUGGUGGUUUGGCGGUUUACCGGCAGGACACAGCAGGCCGCUUGUGGUUUACCAUAUUCUGUAUCGUAAGUAACAGUGAGAUUUAUGAGGGCGUGAACUUCUAUAAUUUAUGAGGGGGAUGCAAGGUACACGGGUGCGACAUGCCCCCAUGGCGUAUUAGGGCCAUCCAUUGCUCUCGCCAACGAGUUUGACAGUGCCUGGACGUACAGCAGCUGUGCGCCGUGUGGUGAUGGUUUGUCACGUCUUGGCAGGCUGGGCGGUAGUUGGUUGCUCCGGGGCCAAUGUGCAACUGAAACCCGGUUCACUGAUGCAAGUUAUGCAAAUUACACGUGUGUCGCGCCAUUCUGCCGGCAUGGCAUUUCGCCGGCAGCAGGGGCUAACCGUGCCAUGGUUGUGGGGGCUGGUUCGUGCCACGGCAUGCAGCGGGAUGAGGCUGCCGCCCGGCUAUAAGGGCGCUUGCUUUGUCGUUACUCCCAAUGUGCAUGGAUUUACUCUAUGUGCACAGACAAUGGAUCGACGUCUGUAACGAACUCUCGUG